CUGGACCUCUGGAUCCAGACCUCCUUUAACCCGGACCACAGGAGAACUGGACCUCUGGAUAACCGGACCUGGAUACAGACCUUCUUGUGGGGGAUCAGGUCCAGACAGGCCUGGUACAAGUACACCUACAUGGAGGAGAUGCUGGGGAACGUGGCGGGCUGCAGGCAGGCCUUCGAGCGCUGGAUGGAGUGGGAGCCCGACGAGCAGGCCUGGCACUCCUACAUCAACUUCGAGCUGCGCUACAAGGAGGUGGACAAAGCCCGCACCAUCUACGAGCGAUAUAUCCUUCAGUUAUUUGUGCUGUUUGUCCUUGACUCCUUUGCACUCGUCAUCGUCCACCCGGAGGUGAAGAACUGGAUAAAGUACGCUCGCUUUGAGGAGAAGCACGGCUACGUGGCCCACAGCAGGAAGGUGUACGAGCGGGCCGUGGAGUUCUUCGGGGAGAUGUAUUUUGAACGCGUCCGAGUGAUCUAUAAGUACGCUUUGGACAGGAUCCCCAAACAUCAGGCCCAGGAACUCUUCAAGAACUACACCAUGUUUGAGAAGAAGUUUGGAGACCGCCGGGGCAUCGAGGACGUGAUCGUCAAUAAGAGAAGAUUCCAGUAUGAAGAGGAGGUUAAGGUAACAGGAAACAGGCUCAGACAUGUUGGGUUAUUUAUGAAAUAA